AUGACGAUCCGAAGUCUGAUACAAGAAAUGCGGUCCAGACCGCACCGCAUAGUCCACGACGCCGCCUCAACCGCUCCUGGCUCAGACCCUUUCAGAUGGUCGGAGCUCCCGGAGGAGCUGCUGAGAGAGAUCCUGAUUAGGGUUGAGUCGGCUGACGGCGGCGAUUGGCCGUCGCGGCGAAGCGUGGUCGCUUGCGCCGGCGUCUGCCGUUGCUGGCGGUUGCUCAUGAAAGAGAUUGUCUCUGUCCCUGAAAUCUCCUCUAGAUUGACUUUCCCAAUCUCUCUUAAGCAGGCUGGUCCAAGAGAUUCUCUGGUUCAAUGUUUCAUAAAACGCAACCGAAAUACGCAAUCAUAUCAUCUCUAUAUUGGGUUAACCAACUCUUUGACGGAUAACGGAAAGUUUCUUCUAGCUGCUUCUAAGCUAAAGCGUGCAACUUGUACUGAUUACAUCAUCUCUCUGCGCUCAGACGAUAUGUCAAGAAGAAGCAACGCAUAUCUCGGUAGAGUAAGAUCGAACUUUCUCGGAACGAAGUUCACUGUCUUCGAUGGUAAUCUGAUGCCACAGACCAGAGCAGCGAAGAUGCUCAAGAGCCGCUCUUCUAAUCUCAUGAAAGUUUCACCUAGAGUUCCUCAAGGAAGUUACCCCGUUGCUCACAUUUCAUACGAGUUAAACGUCUUAGGCUCCCGAGGGCCGAGAAGAAUGCGUUGCGUAAUGGAUACGGUACCAAUGAGCGUCAUGGAGCCUCGAGGAAGAGUAGCUUCAACAUCGUUCUUUAGGUCUCAUUCGAAGCCGUUACGCAGCAACAGCGCAUCUUGCAGCGAGUCAAGCAACAACUUGAGAGAUCCACCGUUGGUUCUGAGCAACAAGACUCCACGGUGGCAUGAGCAGCUGCGUUGCUGGUGCUUGAAUUUCCACGGACGAGUCACGGUGGCCUCGGUUAAGAACUUUCAGCUUGUGGCGGUCGGCGAAUGUGAGGGAGAAACAGAGCAGCGAACAGAGAGGAUCAUACUACAGUUUGGGAAAGUUGGCAAGGACAUGUUCACUAUGGAUUAUGGAUAUCCGAUUUCUGCGUUUCAGGCGUUUGCGAUUUGCCUGAGCAGUUUUGAGACCAGAAUCGCCUGUGAAUGA